UUGCCGUCUGUUGCCACGGUGAUGAUGACGCCUAGCAGGCUCCCUGAGAUUAGCCAGUUUAAUAGACGUUUAGCUAGUAACUUAAACCAACAGCAGGCAAUUCACGUUACUAAACUACCUUGAGUGAUAACCUGCGGUCAUGGCAUCCGUUUUAGACGCUCUCUGGGAGGACAGAGACGUUAGAUUCGACAUAACAGCGCAGCAGAUGAAAACUCGUCCAGGAGAGGUGCUGAUAGACUGCCUGGACUCCAUAGAAGACACGAAAGGAAACAACGGAGAUCGAGGGCGACUGUUAGUAACAAACCUGAGGAUCAUUUGGCACUCUCUGGCCCUGCCAAGAGUCAAUUUGUCCGUGGGUUACAACUCAAUCAUUAACAUCACAACAAGGACAGCUAACUCAAAAUUGAGAGGCCAAACUGAAGCACUCUACAUCUUAACUAAGUCCAACAACACAAGAUUUGAAUUCAUUUUCACAAAUGUGGUUCCAGGAAGUCCAAGGCUCUUUACAUCUGUCAUUGCUGUACACAGGGCUUAUGAGACCUCUAAAAUGUACAGGGACCUGAAACUGCGAGCUGCUCUCAUUCAAAAUAAGCAGCUUAGACUUUUGCCCCGGGAGCAAGUGUAUGAUAAAAUCAAUGGAGUUUGGAAUUUAUCCAGUGAUCAGGGCAAUCUUGGGACGUUCUUUAUCACAAAUGUUCGGAUUGUGUGGCAUGCCAAUAUGAACGAGAGCUUCAAUGUCAGCAUUCCUUACCUCCAGAUUUGGUCUAUCAGAAUAAGAGACUCAAAGUUUGGCUUGGCUUUGGUGAUAGAGAGUUCACGUCAGAGUGGUGGCUAUGUGCUCGGAUUUAAGAUUGACCCUGUGGAUAAACUUCAAGAUGCACUUAAAGAAAUCAACUCAUUGCAUAAGGUGUACUCUGCCAACCCUAUCUUUGGAGUGGACUACGAAAUGGAAGAAAGGCCCCAGCCGCUGGAAGAGCUCACAGUGGAACAGCCUCCUGAUGAUGUGGAAAUUGAGCCCGACGAGCAGACUGAUGCUUUCACUGCCUAUUUUGCUGAUGGCAACAAGCAACAAGACCGGGAGCCAGUUUUCUCUGAGGAGCUGGGGCUCGCCAUUGAGAAACUAAAGGAUGGCUUCACGCUUAAUGGACUGUGGGAAGUCAUGGGCUGAAAUAAUGUACGUGUACAUGAAGUUCAGGAAGUACUUAUAUAUAGCUCAGGUUAAAGGUUUACAGCUUGUGCGUAUCUUUUCAUAAUGAGAAAAUAAUAUAUGUGUGACAGAUUUAUUGUGGGGUCAUUUGUAUGAAGUAUUUUCCUCUGAUGGAUAGAAAGAAAAAUAUAAUGCAGUUUGUAUUGUUUAAUGUUAAUAAAUGUAUUUAAAUAGA